AUGUUCGUCAGCGUAUUGAUCAUCAUGGAAGAUUCAGAGGGCCGUCGGCUGGACAAGGGGUGCUCGCCGCCGACCAGCACGUGGGAGGUGCUCCUUCACUCCGCGGACAGCCGAAUCCGCCUCAGCGCGCCCAUCACGCAUGCCGCAAACGAGGGGUACCACGUGUCAUGCUACCGGCUGCUGGAGCCAGGCGAGUACGUGCUUUCUGUGUACCUCACGGGCGUGCAUGCCGCCUCGCUGACGGGCAGCAGGGACGAGGAAAAGGCUCUGAGGCACCUCAAGUUCCAGCUCGUCGGCCAGUACAACGUGUCUGCGCAGCCAUCAGACCCAGGGGCGUAUAAGAAGGAGUAUGCGCGGCUGCAGGCGGCGCUACCAGCCUGCACGGCACAGGUGCUGGAGGAAUCGGGGAACGCAGGGCGGUGGAUUGACCAGCAGUGGUACCCCUGCGCCUGCAAUGUUCAACGGAUCACCCCAGGUGCUGCACGCGCGUGCUUGAAGGGCAAGCGGAUGCUGGUGGUGGGGGACAGCCAGCAGUGGGUGCUCUUCUCGCACCUGCUCUCCUUCCUCUCCUCCUCCUCCCGUUGCCGCCUCCUCCAAGGCCUGGGCGACCGCCACUCCUCCCUGGUUCGCCUCAGAUGUGACAAGGCGCACAUGCAGGGCCCUGUCCCGUGGGUGCCGGGGUCAGAGGGGCAGCACGUGGCAGUGCACCACACGUACUUCGCCCCUGCUGUUUCCGCCACCUACUAUGGCGCAGAGGGCAACGGAUUCGCUGUUGCAAGAAUCCCCAUGGAUCUCAACACGACCACAGCAGAUUCAGCUUCUCUCAGAGAGAGGAAGCGCAGGCGGGUCCAGGAAGAAGAACACUCUGCAAGCGGUGCCGGUACGACAAGUAGCAGCAGCAGCAGCAGGAGGAGGAGGAGGAGCGGGGACAGAAGCCAAGGAGGAGCGGAGCAGUAUGAUUCGUUGGAGGGCCAGGAUGUGCUCGACAUGUCAGCUACAGACGAGGACCCUCGGGAUCUCCGCACAGCGAGCAGGAUUCGGGAGGAGGAGCAGGAGAGGGAGCGGCAGCGGGCGGCAGAUACCGACCAGAUUGUGGCGGUGUUUGUGGCGCACUCAAACGCGUCAGAGCCGCUGUACAGGGAUUGGAUGGUGAACCACAUGCGGCGCGGCCCAUUGGCCAAUGAGCAUGCGCCGUUUGACUUUGUCCUGGCGUCCAGCGGGCUGCAUGACCUGGCGGCGUUUGAUUCGCCGGAGGAAUACGCCGCCGCUCUCGAUCGGGAGUUUGUGGCAUCGGUGCGCUUUGCUGUGAAUGGCGGCAUGGGAGGGCCAGGCUCAGCAGUGGUGUGGCUGGGGCCAUGGGCGGUGCAACAGUCAGCAGUUGCUCCUGACCUGUUGCCUUCCAUGAACCACCCUCGCCUCUCUGCUUUCGACGCCGCUGCCCACAGCCUGAUCAAUUCGUGGAAGGUUCCGUUCAUCUCAACCAUACCCAUGACACUCUCAAGGCCGGACCUAUCAAAGGAUGGGACACAUUAUUCUUGGCCUGUAUCCAUGGCCAUGUUGGAGCUAUGGCUUGGCUCUGUGUGCCCUGUGCAGCCUACCAUAAAGGACUGUUAG